AUGGCAAACACAACUCAACCUGCCAGAAGUUGCGUUCUGAGAGUUGGAAUCAAGUGCUGCAAAGGUUGCCAGACAAAUGCAAAGAGAAAGUUACUCAGUGUUUCUGGGGUGAGUGCAGUUGAGUAUAACGCAGAACAAGGGCUCCUAAGAGUCUCAGGUGACCCCAACCCAGAUAAGCUGCUUCGCAAGCUUGCCAAAUGGGACAAAAACGCAGAGCUUGUCUCUCUUCCUGGUGAAGUCUCUGCCCCCGCUCCUAGAACCCCUCAGCUUAACCAGACCAAGAGGAUGGGGAAGAGGACAUCAAAGUGUUUUCUUCUGAGGUGUUUCGGGACUAAGGAAAAGUUUGAGCCUUAUGGAAUAGCAGGGGAUGAAAACGGCAGCGCAACGCCCUUCAUCAACACUGUUGCGCCUCCAAUGGUGUAUCCUCCUCCUCAACCAACGCCUGGCUUCGCGACACCCAUACCAUACCCUCCUCCCUGUUUUGGGGCAAACCAACCACCUUACACAUACACUUCUGGUGGUAUGUACCAGUCACCUCCACCAACUUUCCAGUUAAGAAAGACGCAGUUUCCACAGAUGGUCAACUACCCGCACCACUGAGCUAGAAAAAACAGACGCAUGUCUGCUUCUUUUCUCUUGAAUGAAUCCACACAAUCAAUUCAAAAGUAUCCAGAAUAUUUGUCUAGGCGAUUGCCAUGCCUACAGCCUAUUGUUGGUUAUGAAUAUGCCUAAUAAUAGAAUCAUAUUGAACAACAGCAACAACAAAAAUGCUUGUACGUAAUUUUGUAUGUUCCUUCCUUCUGUGGUAUUCCGCAAGAACCAGUGAUUAGACAGUAUAAAGUUAAUAAAUAAUAAUAAUCCAAAGAUAAAAUAUAUACAUUUCCUAUUGAAAACAUGUGAUUAAUAUAGAGUUUGAUGAAUAUUAGUUGAAGUAGUGGAAUAUUUUAUUAAAACCAUUGAAAACAAUUCGUGCUAAUCGCAGCAUAUCCGUGAAUCGAAAUAAGUUAGCAAAAGCUGAUGGAGAGUGACCUAAUUAAUUUUGAGAAUCUUCUGUAUAUUAAUCUUUAGCGCGCGUACAUGGAAGAGAUUACGGUUCCUAUAUACUAUGAUCUCUUACUGAGUGCUGAUUCUCGUUUUAUACACUAAAAUUAUACAAAACAAAACAAAACAAAUACAGAAGAAAGAAAGAAAACAGGAAUCAGAAUGCGAUCCCUUUGGGACAUCAGUCAAAAAAAGCUUGUUAAAGUUUCCACCUUUCCUCUUUUCAACAACGAGAAUCUCC